CCACUCUCGGAUCUUGUUGACGUGUGUUGCUGUAAACAUUGACACAACACUGACCACUCCACGCCGAUCCAAAAAACCCACAAGAUGGCAGAUGAUCAGCAGUUUUGCUUGCGAUGGAAUGAGUUCCAUAGCAAUAUGGUAUUCUCCUUCAAACAUCUACGUGAGGAGAAGAGUUUCACAGAUGUGACUCUGGCCUGUGAUGGACAAACCUGCAAGGCACACAAGAUGGUGCUGUCUGCAUGUUUCCCAUAUUUCAAGGCCUUGCUAGAGGAAAAUCCCUCCAAACAUCCAAUAAUCAUCCUGAAAGAUGUGCCCUUCAGCCACUUGCAAGCAAUCUUGGAGUACAUGUAUGCAGGAGAGGUCAAUGUAGCCCAGGCAGACCUUCCUAAUUUUCUCAAGACUGCAGAGCGACUCAAGGUUAAGGGCUUGGCUGAAGUCAACCAAAAUGAGCGGCAAGACCGCUGAAAUACUGCCCAGGUCGAGGGAGGCUUGGGAAACAGUUUGUCGGAGAAGCCAAAGCCACUUCUGCCUCCUCCACCAGCCUUCUCUUGCUGCUGACCCUACCCCUCCCACCCACCCCUCCACCC